AUGGUAUCUCAAGCUCAAGUCGUUGAUCGCAUGGCACCAAACCAGAGUGCCCCUUCUGUGGUGUCGCGCCACUCGCAUUCUACUCGUCGUCAUCGAUCAGGACAUUCCCACCAUGGAGGCUCCGGAUCGUCCUCCUCCAACGACUUUCCCAUCUUCACGUACACGGGCGACACCGAGAUCGCGAUCCGCGCUGGGUCGCAAGAGAAACGAUAUCUCCUCCAUCGGUUGAUUCUGGCGCAAUGUUCGGGCUUCUUUGAGGCAAGCACAAGAGAGGAAUGGGCAGGGCAGAGUGCAGUUGGGCCCUCGAAGCCUGAUGGGACAUUGUCUCGGGUGAGCGAGGACGAUUCGCUCUCCACUGGGUCUACGCUCCUUGCGCAAUCUGAUCAUGGUUUACCGACACGACCUGGGGAAAAGCGACGAUGGAGGUAUGAGUUAGACUGGGAAAAUCGGGGAGAAGAUGAGGAGCCCAUACUUGUUCAGAAGGUCGGUCUCACGCAGUCGCAAUUAGCAAGGGGUGCCAGGUCCAUAGCUAAACUCAUUCUCCAACAGCAACCUACCUACGCUCCCAUAUUCACCCACGACCAGAGUGCGUUCCCUCCAACGAUGACCAAACCAUCCAAUGCGCAGGCGGGCUACUUCCGAUCCAUGGCAAACUUAGUAGGAAUGCAGUCGGUAGUACACCUCCCACGAACUGAAGGGGAGGACCGCAAUACCAUCGAUCCACUAGUUCGCGACUAUGAAAACCUCUUCCGCAUGUUCUACAAUCAUCCGCCAAUAUUGAACAGUGUGAACAUUGCCACGGCUUAUACAGAGUGCAAGUCUCUCCUCGCCCUGGCAGAUAUGUACGACGCGCUGGCGGUGACUGGUCCCCGAGUAGAUCACCACCUCUUAGGAUUCGGCUCACGGCUCUUCAAACAAAUCGCCAAAUACCCUCCUAGCUACCUCAAGCUGGGGUACCUAGCUCGCAGCAGAGUGAUCUUCUCCGAGGCGCUGAUUCAUGUCGUCGGCCAAUGGCCAGCCGCCCUACCAAAUCUGCGUAACGGCUCAUACGCACCCCUCCCAAACCCUGUCCUCGAUCUCAUCGAGGAUAAAUACGAAGAUAUGGAAGACCUCAAAGCUCGCAUCGAGUCCAAACUCUUUCGCCUAUCUCUGACGACAUCUCGGGGCGAGCGAGUCGGUCCCAACAACGCAUAUCUAGACUGGUUGGCCGUCUCUUUAUUCCGUCAGUGGCUCAUCGAGAGUACCACUCCCCCUCCUGCUCCUAUUCUCAAGAACCCUACCAACAACCCUCCGCAAACACCUGCACCAGGUUCCCAAACCAGCUCAUCGAGACCAACCGCACCGCCUGAUCCGGCUGCCCGUGUGUAUCGAUUGAUUGGAUCGUCUUCGUCACAGGCAUAUCUGCCCCACGAUGAACUGAAACGCUUCCUGAAGAUCCACCCUACCCAAUCAGCUGACUCGCUUUACACCCGCGACACGCUCAAACGUUUCGAGCGCAAGAUGGAUGAGAUUAAACGGCUGGCUCGUGAGAUCGUCAAACCCCUCAUGCGAAACUUUCUUGAACUCGAGCUGAAGAGUGCGGAGCAAAGCAGUGCGAGUUCCACGGCCAUUGAAACCCCGGAUGUAGGACUGCCAUAUUUGACCUGCACGAGGGUUGAAGAGGCUGAUCUGCCCUGGAAUUAA